GUUUUGGGGUUUGGAUUUGAUUAGUUCUCAGAAGCAAGCAAGGAUGGGUAUGGAUGAUCCUUAUGGUGUUCUAGGGUUACCAAGCGGUGACGAAGGUGCGAAACUUUCGGAGGACGAAAUUAAAAAAGCUUAUCGAGCGAAGCUUCUGGAAUUACAUCCAGACAAGAAUCCUGAUGAUCCCAAUGCUAAUCACAAUUUUCUUAAUCUCCAGGCUUCCUAUGAGAUUCUAAUUGAUAAAAAAGCUAGACUCGAUUUUCAUCAUCGAAUCAAGAAACAGAUUAAGCGAUCGAGGACAUCACAACAACAAAAUUCUUCGAAGCCUCGUCGGAGGAGGACGGUUGUGGAUGAGAAAGAGCGAGCGGCACGGGAUGCUCACUCUGCCGCGGAAGCGGCUCGUGACGAGGAGGAAUUGAUUCGGAGAAGAAAUGAGCAAGUAAUUGCGAGAUUGAAACGUGAUUGGUUAGCCAGUAGAGCACCACCGCCUGCAGCAGCAUCAUCAUCGACAUUAAACAAAGGGGAAGCGGAAGCGGAAGCGGAAGCGGCUUCAAUGCGGUGUCCCUGUGGACAUUGUCAGUCUAGCAGAACUAAUUCCGGUGGUGAUGAUGAGUCUAGCAGAACUAAUUCCGGUGGUGAUGAUGGAUUUGAGGCACAAUGCUUGGCAAAAUUCCGCAAGGCGCGUAUAGGAGUUUCAUGUUUACAGCCACCCUAACAUCCAUCUGCGUCCACGGGUGACAUUGGAUUUUUACUCGGUUCAACCUUACUGUUCUGAAAAACUUGUACACAUAACUUCAUCAUCUGUUGACAAGUGUCCAAUAGCCAUUGUCCUUGAGAACAUGCAGGGAAACCAUUUAGGGGACUUCAACAAUUGUUUUUGUGUAUCGUCUUAUCAUCAAGAGGCCCGUAAUCUGUGAGCUAUUCGAACGAAUUAUGGAGUAGGUCUGUGUUAAGAGAAAUGGAUGAUACCAGAAUAUCUUGGGCUUCUUGGCAUUACGAGUUCAGUAAACAGACUCUGUCGUUAAUAUCCAAGUGGAUUCUAGAUUUAAGGCCGAAUAGAAUUAGAAAAGCUGGUAAUGCCUUUAUCCAAAUGCAAAUGUUUGCUUAGCCAGAGUCCUUGAAUCAUCUAAAUGAUAUGCAAAUUGUAUGUUAUAGCCAUUUAUAUAAUGUUAUUCAGCCAGAAUAUUAAGGCCCUUUAUUUGCGACCAAGUUGGGGAGUAUCUACUUUUUACUGGUAACAAGCAUUAAUAUCUGGAGCGAUAUCUAAGAUGAGAGUAAAAUGGUCCAAGCUUUUUGUAGCAAUGAAAACAAGGGCAAAAAAACCUUUUCAUCGACAAAUGUGCUGUCUGCUUAGAAAAUUGCCAAUGUUCAUCGACGAAUGAUUUCCAUGAAUUCUGCAUGUUCUGAAAUUGUAGUAGACUAUCACACUUUUGUUGUGUCAUUAGACACACAAGAAAAAACUUAACAAUGUACCUCAUGCACUCUUUAUUUUUCUUGCCUACUUGCUGCACUCUGAUGCUUGCACUUAUAUGACCCAGGCCUUCAGUUUUCCUGCCUACUUGCUCUGAGUCUGAUGAUUUAAUCAUGUCAAAAGAAUAUAUCUACUUCUAUAUAUUAAAAGAGAACUGGGGGCAAAAAGAUCAAGGAAAAUAUAUGUGAAAUUACACAUAUGCCCUCAGUUAACAUGGAAUUUUAAAAUUGCCAUGCACUGUUACUGCUAUUACAGGCACACGAAGCGCUUUAAACGUCCGCCUAAUUAUUAUCUAGGUCAUCUGCAGCAUACAAGUCUCGGCGAAUAGUGAUAGGAUUGAAUAGUAGGAAACAGAUUUUUGGAUACUGCGUGGCCAUUUAGUGAAGUUAGUUUGGUGUGUGGUCAAUUGGGAAUGGCGCCAUUCGACGUUUAAAGAAAAGAAUUCGAAGAAAGGUAUUUAGCGCUGUUGGAAUCUUGGUGUGCAUAUCAAUUGUGUGUGUAUAUACUGUGACUGAAUUUGGUUUUUAGCAUAUUUCAUUAGUUGAACGUUGAUAAAGAAUUAUUUCUAUAGGACUGAUUUUUAUCUUGGCAAUCCUUCUUAUGCUUUGAAUUUAUGAAUAUAGUGUCUCCAAAUUUUUUUUUGGCAAUUUAUAUUCUGGAAUCCGUAGAACCAAUGGAUGAUUCUGAUGCAUGUUUCCAGUUUUGCUUUGAGAUAAUUCUGUUUUAGUGUUCCGUCUAUAAUUUCUGGUGUAUAGUAGUUUUUUGAUUCAAGGUUGUUUGCUGUCAUUGUUUGAUUUCUCAGGACAGAAAUAAUAAAUUAAUCCUUUUAAUAAUUAUACAUAGAUUAAUAUUUUUUGAUGUUAGGAAUUAAUUUUUUAGUAAAAAUAUAUAGAAAUAUGAAAUAUUUUAUAAGUAAUAAAUAUAAUAAUAUCCUGUUCAAAUUAAAACCUUGCAAGUCUUGGCUGCUAGAUAUCUCCGCGGUUUCAUGAACAUCUGUCUUUUAGAAUCUAUAUUGAUAGCGACUUAAUUGUUUUUCGUGGCACCAAUGUAAAACAGUCUAUUUAACACCAUCUUUUUAUUAUCUUCGAGGAUUGCGUUUGUUGUUACAAAACAUUGCACCUCAUGUUCUCGAAGGCAGGGAUGGGCAUUCACCCCGACCCGCUUGACCCCGAUCCAAUCCCCGCCCCGUUCGGGUCGGGGAUUCGGGGAAAUUUUCGGGGUCGGGGCGGGGAACGGGGAAAACUUCAUAAAAAUUUCGGGGAUCGGGGCGGGGUCGGGGAUUAGUGUCUCCCCGCCCCGAUCCCCGACCCCGAUUAUAUAUAUAUAUAUGUAAAUAAUAAUAUAUUUAUAUAUAUUAUACUAAAUAAAUUAAAUAAUUAGAUAUCUUUUAUAAUAAUAUUAUAAUAAAAGGUAAUCUUUUUUUAUUGAUCGAAUAUUAUUAUAUUAUAACAAUAAUGUAUUGUAUAAUUUUAGAAUUGUCAUUUAUUUAUAUUAUAAAUCAAUUUUAAUAUGAUUUGAUAUUAAAAAUAUGAGAUAAUAUCAUUUUGUUAGUACAUUAUGAGUAAGUAGUUUAUUUUUUUUUAUUAAAAAGUAUAUUAUAUAUUAUAAAAUUAUUAUUUUUAAUUAAAAACUAAAAUUCCCCGAAUCCCCGCGGGGAUCCCCGUUCCCCGUUCGGGGCGGGGAUCGGGGAGGAAAGGAAUCCCCGUUCGGGGUUCGGGGCGGGGUCGGGGAUGGCUAUCUAAUUCGGGGAUCGGGGGCGGGGAUAGCACUCCCCGACCCCGAACUGCCCCCGCGCCCAUCCCUAUCGAAGGGGAUUUCAUUGAUACCGUGCAUGUUUACAGUUUUAUUUGCCUGGGCAGCAGAAUAUAGAUGCAUCGUUUAUAUGUUGUACAAAGAUGAUCGAAGGAUUAAUUGCUGAUAGAAUAUUGUAUCUAUUUUGUUGUCUCCUUCAUGUGCUAUUAAUUUAAUUAUGUAAGGCUCUGAUCAAGGAAAUUCAAGACAUAAAUAAAUUGAUUGAACAAUAUGCUUAGAACAAUUAAAGAAUGGAUUAGAUAUAUAAACUAACUGAUCAAAUGAGUUCUGAAGUUAUUCGCAGAAAUAAGAAGUGAACAUAAAUGAUAAGUUCCUUAUGAUUAUAUGAGUCUGAUGUUUGUAGAACUCAACCAACGUAAAACCUAUGCCUGUAAAUUUCAAGUGGUGUAUAAGAUUACAACUGCAUUUAAGCUGGAAAUGUGAGAUCCUGAUUAAUAUGAUUAAUCUGGUUAAGAGGAAGAAUCACACUAAAAACAUGUAGCAUUAGUUUAUGGGAUAGCUUGCUCUGAUACAGUGACAUCCUUGUCACAUACUAAAAACAAGUAGCGCUUUUUCCAGAUAAUGAGCUUUAAGUCCAACCACCAAUUGAGUUAACAGAAAUAUUUUGGGUCCCUUGGAUGUCAUAUAUUAAUUAAUCAAGUCAUCUAUAUUUUUUAUCAGAAUUUUGACUUUAUAUGAUUUGAUAUUGAGUUAUAGCUUAAAUAACUUAGUUGUAUUGUAUUUCAGCACAUGAAUCCUCUUUGGUUUACUUUCCUAUCACUGCACUAUGUCCCUAAAUCGCUGCUAUCAAUAUGGUAGUGUCUCCAACUGGAUGAAAAACCAUGUGAUGAUCGAUAAUCCAAAAGCCUUUCAUUAAUCUGUUUCUUUUUAGAAAUGGCAUGUCUUGUUUAAGUUGUCCAUACUCCAUAGGCAGUCUAGGAUUUAUUUUUUGUAGGUGUGAAAUAUUUUACAACAUGUAGAUUGAGGUUUUUCCAAGAAUUGGUUGUGCGGUGAUCUAGGCACGAGACACCCUUCUUCCCAAUGGAUGUGACACCUAGAAAACAAGGCAGGCCAAAACUGUUCCUCACAAAAGAGAUGGCAGAAGAGUGUAGGACGCUAAAGCAUCUACAUAAUAAUACUCAACACUCAACAGAACAUGGGAUGUGCAUAUCUGGAUCCGGAGAAGUUCAUAGUGGUCUUAGUUUGUCGCAUGGUGGAAACGCUCAAGCAAUGUCCUGUUCCGGGAGUUUUCUCUUCUAUCUACGUGGAGAGUACCAGCAAUGCCCGUUGGAGCUCACACCUUUCUUAGUUUACUUGCUGAGCCCUUGAAUCAACUUACAGAUUCUGCUGAGGGUCAUGAUGUUUCUGAAAAUUUGGAGGAGUUCAAUGACUGGUUAUGCUGCAAGAGUUUGACGCCUCAUAUAAUUAAGAGCAUAUAUUCUACAAAUCAUAUGUUAUAUUGUAGUUUGUAUUCUUUUACAAAAAAGGCUCUUACGUUAUGAUUAGAGUGAGUACUACUCAUGUGAUGCAACUUACCGCAAGUGGCUAAAGAUUGAUAUGGAGAAUGCCGAAGUUGCUCCUCACGAAUUAUCAGGUGAGGAAAAGCAAAGAGCAGUUGUAGCAGCAAAGAGAAACAUUAGAUUCAUCACUGCAGCUGUUACAAAGAAGCGGAAAUUAAUAGUUCUGGCUGAAGAUGGUAUAGAUGAAUCACCUGAACCUCUAUUUUUCGUGUUACAUGCAACUGCAAUGCUUUAUCGUCCUUCUGGUCAGUGAAUGUCUCCAGAUCCCACUGUGCGCACUACAUUAGUGAGUUGCCUUUACUUUUCAGUGAGUGAGGAAUUCGUGCUGAAUCGCCAGUUAAUGGCCGCAUCUAGUCCUCGACCCCUUCCGCAUUGGCUGACACACUUCAUCCAGCAAUUCCACGACUUUGAUUAGUGCGUGGGUAGGGCUGAACAAACGAAAAGAGAUUUCUAUCUUUCUCUUUCUGGGCUUCUCGAAUAAAUUUUGAACACAGAAUGCUCUGACGGAGAUAAUGGGUGGAGCAUCUAAAUUUCUUGAAGUAGUAAAUGCCUAUCCAGAGACUGAUUCAACACCUAAAACCUUUCUAGAGGGCGGCUUGUAAGGCUUGCAGAUGCCUCUAUGUGUAGUCUUUGGCAAUUCUGUUGGAGCUGUGAUACCUCCAUCUGUCUGCUACUCUGGGGCAUCAUUUGGAGCUGUAAUAAUUUCAGGAUUUGACCUGGUUGAGAACAUCUAGAUAGAGGAAGAAUGAAAGUUUCUAGGCAUACACGGAGGUUGGAUGGGGAGAAAACAAGCAAGAAGCGGAAAAAAUCAGUCGGCGAUAGAGUUGACGCCAACCCAAGGGGGGCAGCGCGCCUACGCCCUGGGGUAGCGUGUCGGCGCCCUGAGGGCAGCCUUGGAGCGCGGGGGCAGCCUUGGAGAUGCGAAAAAUUAGUUUUCAAUGCCCGUUUGGAUUAGCUGCUGACCUGGUCAACUUAGGGCAUUUAAAUUUAAAAUAUUCAAGGAAGAAAAAGGAGAGAAUCAUUCGAGAGAGCACGUGACGGCUACGGAGAAGAUCUAGUUUUCAUAUUUUCACUUUUGGAAUUCUUCGAAGUAGGCGUAAUUUUGGAUGUUCGUUCAGAUUUGUUUCAUAACUUUGAUUCUCGUAUUUUCGUAUUGUUUUAGACAUAUUCCUAUCAUGUUUACAUUCGAGCCCAUGAUGACGAGAAGUUCGAUUAUGAACUAAUCGUUGUCAUGAGAUUCUAGCGGAUUUUUCUAUGGAUUUCAGUAGUUAAUUUGCCUUAUA